CCCAUGGACCAAACACUGCGAUAAGCGGUACAGUCACAACCACUCUGGAUAGGAGCGUCAGGUUGCCGUGCGUCCAUCAUUUGGAAUUGCAUCAAAAAGUGUUCUAACAGGCAUUUUCUGAGCUUCAUUUUCUCCCAAGUUAGCGGCAUUUAAACUCCAUUUUUACCUGGAAAGAAAAGAGGGGAUUAAGCGCUGAUUAAGAAACUCUCAUCACUUUCCUGGCAUCUCCUGCGCACCCCUCGGCUCUCCGGCUCUUCAUCCGACACUCCAGCGGUCCAAAGUCCUUUAGUCAUUUUGGUGGGACGAGGACUGCACAGAUGCACAGAGAAUUUUACCCACCAAAAAUAUUUUUUGGAUCAUAAAGGGCAGAUGAUGCAGAUAUAGUCAGAGGAGGAAUCUAUCAAAAGUGUUAUUGCUUUCCUGAAAACGUCACCUUUUUAACUUGGACAGUGGAAACAAGAUAUAAGUGCAGGGCCAUACAAUGAUUGUGUCAGGAAAAGAUCUGUGAUGAACUUUUGUCACUUACAGUCAUGGCAUUAAGUGAGACAUCCAUAUGAAGUGAAAUCCUGUGCUUUGGAAGGGGGGGGAUUGAAAGAAGAUUUUUCUGAAAAAACUGUAAAUCAUACUUCAUCCAGCAAAACAAACAAUACCUCCACUCCCUCCUCAAUGAGCUAAAUUUGGCACCAGCCCUGGUUUCAGCAUACUUUUAAUAAGCUCCACUUCCACAACAACCCUCUCAGUGCCAGUCAUGGUGUCUGUCUGAAGCUGAAAAAUAAACUGAAGAGGACAACAGGUGAAGUCAAAUAAAGGUGAACCAGACUUCAUCAGAUAAAUUGUGUUUUUUUUGUAGUGUGUCACCACAAAUCUGAGCCAUCUAGAUUGUUGUGUUUAUUUCCUUAAACACUGUGGUGUGUAAAGUUUUCGUUUUUUUUACCAUACCGACAGGCUUUUAAAUAUCGUCCUUCUGGUCGCUUUAUCAUUUCUCAAGGAUCCUCUCAUCCGCUUGUUUCCCUCCUGGCUGUCUUCCAUUUUGCGUUCUCUCUCUCAUACUUCGCCCAGUGAUACACUGUUCCCCCCCACUCCUCUCCACAUCCUUCUUCACAUUUUUAUACUGGUUCUCUGAGAGGCUUAAUCCUGGCCGGCACUAUUCCAGCCAAGGGGGAAGAGGACUUCCUGACGCUGGCCGCUUCACGGCUAAGCCGCAGGAAACGCGUCAUUGGAGCUGCUGUAGGUGUGGCCAUGGUUCUAAUACUGUUGGUGGCCAUUCCCCUGCUGGUCCACACAACCAAGGGGGGGAACACUGGAAAUGCAGGGAGCCAUUAUGAAAUGCUUGGAAGCUGCAGGAUGGUAUGCGACCCUUACGCUACGUCUCAGCCUGGCCAGGAGCUGACAGAUGUGUCCCCACCGCCCCAGGAUUACUCUGGGAAGAAGCUAAAGUCUGGGCUGCGUGGGCCUCCAGGGAUCCCUGGCCCUCAAGGAGCACGUGGACCCCCUGGAGAGCCAGGCAAACCAGGGCCACAGGGACCCCCAGGUCCAGGUCCGGGUGGCUAUUCUCCCUCACUCUACACUCCCAAAAUUGCCUUUUACGCAGGGCUACGCAAGCAGCAUGAGGGGAGUGAAAUACUAAAGUUUGAUGAUGUGGUGACCAAUGUAGGUAACUACUAUGAGCCCAGCACCGGCAAGUUCACCUGUCCUCUGCCUGGCAUCUACUUCUUCACCUACCAUGUUCUAAUGAGAGGUGGUGAUGGGACCAGCAUGUGGGCAGACCUGAAAAAGAACGGACUGGUAAGAGCCAGCGCCAUCGCUCAGGACGCUGAUCAGAAUUACGACUAUGCCUCCAACAGUGUGAUCCUGCAUUUGGACGUGGGUGAUGAGGUGUGUGUGCAGCUGGAUGGAGGGAAGGUCCACGGAGGGAACACAAACAAGUACAGCACCUUCUCCGGCUUCCUCAUCUACCCAGACUGAAUCUAAUCCUUACUCACGGAGAAAGGACACACGCAUAGACAUAUUCACACUUACAUAGACAUAUAGCACAUACACAGAUAUGCACAUGCACAAUGCCUGCAUGUACAUACACAACGAUACACACACACACACGCACGUGCGCGCACGCGCACACACACACACACACACACACACACACACACACACACACACACACACACGCGCAGACAUCCUGAGAUUACAACAGACUACAGAAGCGUGGAUCGAGUGAAAAUCCGAUAUAAGGGAAAUUAAGUGGAGUCGUCUGAUUUUGAGCCAAUCAUCAUGAGCAACUGCAAUUAUUGGUGCCCUUUGUGCAAAUAAUAAUAUCAGAAGAUUUACAGUAUAGGUGCAUUUAACAAUUGCACGUUGUGGCUCUAAAAUAUCUAAAAUAGGCUACUUUAAUGUGUUGCAUAUUAACUGACAUUGUGAGAACUUGAAUAUAACAAAUACCAUCAAUCUAAUUGUAUUUUAAUGCAAUAAUGGCGUUGAGGGUGCCAUUAAUCAAGAUGACUACGCUGAGGCAAACACAUACCUACUGUAUUCCAGUCUUUACCUAAUACAUUUCUGCCCUCCAUUCCAGUGACUUUUGAUCAAAUGGCCUGCCUAUAUUUUGCAACUCAUCAUUGUCAAAUAUUCCCCCUAAAGUGAAUUACACCAGUUGAAAAUAAAUUCCUGUUGUGAUUCACCCUGCAUUGGGGCCUUACUGAUCAAAAGGCCAUCUGAAUAAACACAGAUAACCUUGCUUUCCUGUUUCCACUAUGACGCAGGUGACAUGAAACAUACUAUAACACAUUUCAUGGAUGGCACAUGUGUGUGAUGGAGUUUUAAUUGCCAAGUGCAUUAUUGACAAUAUUGUGUGUCUGUGUGUGGGUGGGUCAGUAUGUAUGAGUGGAUCUAUAGAUACUGUAAUAUAAUGAGGCACUGAAAAGUAAGAGCUGCAGUGUUUUAAUUACAUUAAAUGUUGUACAAUACAUUACAGGCACGUUACUGUAAUUACACUGCCAUACCUACUUAGUAUUUUAUUUUUGAGAGACCUUGUCAAAGUAUCAUCAUAUGUAUAAACAGUAAUCCUGGGAUGGGCUGUCUGGUAUGUUGAAUAGGCUGAAUAGACAAUUGCUAUUAAAAUAUCUAUACCUAU